GGGGUGCUCUCGCGUUGCGGCGCCGCCGACUUCCGGUGGCUCUUCUCGCGGGGAUUGGCUGUUAGCGGUGUUGCGGCUUAGCUCGUGUGCAGUGGCUGUGGCGGCGGCAGCGGCGGAGCUCGGCACGAUGUUACAAGGGAUGACUUGUUGAGUAACGGAGGGAGCGAUUUACAUUUGGAAAUGAAGUCUCAUACCAUUUUGUUGGUACAGCCCACCAAGAGGCCAGAAGGCCGAACUUAUGCUGAUUAUGAAUCAGUGAAUGAAUGCAUGGAAGGAGUUUGUAAAAUGUAUGAAGAGCAUCUGAAGAGAAUGAAUCCCAACAGUCCCUCCAUCACAUAUGACAUCAGUCAGUUGUUUGAUUUCAUUGAUGAUCUGGCAGAUCUUAGCUGCCUUGUGUAUCGAGCAGACACUCAGACAUACCAGCCCUACAACAAAGAUUGGAUCAAAGAGAAGAUCUAUGUGCUUCUCCGUCGGCAGGCCCAACAAGCUGGCAAAUAAUCCAACUGGCAGCCUUUUUGGGAUGGGGGGAGGGCUUGGAAAACAGGUGUGUACAGUGUGCUAUAGUGGGAGCUUUGUAUUAUAGAAGUCCUGUUUCCAUUUUGUUACAAUCUAGCCAAGGUCUAAUGUAUUAGAAGAUUUUUGUCUUGUUCAAUCUUGAAGCCCCUGUUCCCUACUUUCUUUUUCUUUUUUACUUAAAAAAAAAAAGUAGCUGAAAAUUUUUCUUCCGUCAGUUAGCACUUGGUUACAGUUCCUUCCAGCUGUUCAUAUCUGCUUCAUAAUGUUCACUGUACUUACCCUUCUGUGGGAGGAUUUUCCAGAAUUUAGUUACGUCCUCGAAACUCAAAGGCUUAGUAGAGAAUACAAUAAAUGCUCUUUAAUUAA